AUGCAAACUUUGAUCGUUUAUUUGGCUUUUCUCGUUCAUUAUUCGUUCUCAGGAAUUUUAUGCGAUUUUGAAUCUUACUGUAAUUGGUACUUCGAAAGUCCAUCAUUAAAAUAUUCAAGGGAUCCAAAUAAUAACUUCAAAAUUGUUGCUGGUUCCAGGAACUUAAAGCCAACGCAUUUUGCCUAUUACAAUGCAUCGAAGUCAAGAAUUGAGCCAGCCAUGAUUAUUAGUCCAUAUUAUCAACAUUUAUCUCCUCAAUGUGAAAUUCGUUUUUUGCAUCGCAUAUAUGGUGAUAGUGGAGCAUCAUUAGUUAUCACAAGUCAACAUCGUUCAACGAAUGAACCGCUUCAAUACAUCGAUUCAUACGAUUAUGACGAUAGUGAUUGGACUCGACCUACCUUACAUUCAACAUUCACCGUUCCACAGAAUCACGUCGAACUAUGGAAAGAAUCUGUUGUUCAUAUUGGACAAGCAACACAUCCAACGAGGAUUCGCAUCGAAUGUCAUUCACCACAUAUCAUCGAUCUUACUUUUAAUCAUAUCAACACUGAAUGUUUCAUUGAUAACAUUGAAAUGGUCGGAUGCGAAGAAGAGCUGUGGUAUGAAAACGUUUGUCAGUCCAAUCGAAGUAGAAAAUAUCUUUGUCAUCGCUAUGGCCACCGAAAAUGUAUUGACUAUGAUCAACUUUGUGAUAUGAAUAUUGACUGCCCGGAUGCUGAAGUACCAUUGGGUGCUCGGUGUACAUUUGAUGACGAUGACAGCAAAUGGCUAACUGGUUGUCCUGGUUGGAAAUUAGAAACAUAUUAUGUGCAUGGUGGAAAACCCAUCGAUGGUGAUCACCUGUUAAUGCGAUUUAACUCUAGUGAAGCAUUAGCACAUGCUUCAAUGAAACACAUUCCUUCCAGUGAUCAUACAUUUGAAAAUUUUAACAACAGUGGACAUUUUCUUUUUUUUACAUCUGAUCGAGAAGUCGAGUUGGACACAUUCACUGACACUAAAACAACAUAUUUUAUCUCUCCAAACUUUCCACCAACAAACCCUAUUUUUCUUGAUUCAUCAAUGCCAACAUUUGGUACUUGCAAAGUACGUUUUUAUUAUUGUGCUUAUGGUAAUGCUAUAUCAACUUUACAAUUAAUUGUACAACCAUUAAACGGACAACCUGCAAAAAUUAUAUGGACUCCUCCAUCCAAUUCCUUCACUGAUCAACGUUAUUAUUGCGAAUGGAUGAAAAUUUCUGCUGACUUACCUGAACAGAGGAGUGAAUAUUAUUUAAAGAUGAGUGUCAGCAAAAUUUUUGAUUCAACGAUCACUUUUGCUAUUGACGACAUUUCCAUGAGUCCUAAUUGUUUUAAAGCAGAGCAAAUAUGGCGAAAGCAAUAUAUACCAUUUUCAUACAACAUAAGUAGCUGUGGAUUAACCGGUUCAACUCCUCCAACACCUGAUUUGUGCAGUCAUUUUUAUAAUAAUACCGUUACGCAUACCAUAAUUCAAAGCAACGAUACAUCAGGUUAUCAUCGUUGGAUUGCUCCUAAGUCGGCUGAAUAUAGAAUCGAAGCAUAUGGUGGGUCUGGCGGACAGCUACCCUAUCAAACGAUAAACAACCAUGGUGGUCGAGUGGUAACAGUCGUUAAUUUAACUACAGCCAUGGAACUUGAAAUUCUAAUUGGACAAAUGGGCGAAAGUCCCUGCUAUCAUUCGUAUGGAAAAAUUAAAAAAGAAAAAUUCAAUGAUCAUCAAUAUUCGGCGUUGCAAUUCAUAUGUUCAAAUGAUAAUAGCGAUUGGACAACCGAAACGGCAAUAGCCAAUGCUGUUAUGUUUCCAGGUACAUCAGGUGGUGGCGCAACUAUAGUGAAAAAUCUUGGUCAAAUAAUUCUUGUUGCUGGAGGCGGUGGUGGCAUUUUUUCAGAACAUCUUAUCGCUAUUGAGAAAGUCGGAAUCAGUGCGAAAGGAGGUCUACCAACUGACGAAUAUGUUCCUAUAGAUUUUAGUCAAUACGGUAUAAGAAAUGGUAUUUCGUGGAUGUCAGGAAACGGAGCAGGGAUUAAUAAUAAAAAGGUGAAAACUGAAGAAUUAUGUGAAAACUGCAACAUAAUGACGGGUCAUUUAACAAAUACAUCAUCUGCUGGAGGUGAUUGUCCAGAAGUUUCGGUGUGGAAAAUUCGUGGUGGAUACGGUGGAGGCGGUGCAUCAUGCGGUCCUGGUGGCGGUGGAGGAGCUGGUUAUUAUGGCGGAAUAAGUGGUCAAAAAUAUCAUGGAUCAGGAGGAUGGAGCUAUGCUUUACACAGUGAUGCAAUUAUAAGUCCAGUGAUUUAUCCAUGUCGUCUUAAAUGUUCAUCGAAAGCCACAUGCCGUUUUCGUAUGAAUGAUCCAGAUAAAGUUGAAUCUUUCUGUUCAUGUCCUACUGGUCAAGAAGUUUUAGAAGAGGAAGAAUGUACUUUAUCUAAUGAACCGCAAAUGGUAAAAUUUCCAGAAAAUAGUGAAGUAGUUCUUAUUAUAUCAGUAUUGAUAUUUAUUGCCAUUAUUUUCGCCUUAUCAACUGUUUUUGGAAUCUUCUGUAUUUAUUUUCGCCGACGACUUAAAAAAGCAAAACGUGAAAAAGCUGAACUGAGUCGAGAAAUUGGAAUACCGUUAGGCCAAGGUGCGUUUGGUGAGGUUUAUGAAGGAUGUCUCAUCUGUGGUGAACAUAUUGUUCGAGUCGCUAUAAAAACUUUACCCAAAACUGCCACAAAACAAGCAAUUAAUGAUUUUGAAAUGGAAGCACUUAUUAUGACUAAAUUUCGUCAUGAAAAUAUAUGUGAAUUAAAAGGAGUUUGUUUUGAUGUUAUGCCUCGAUUGAUUGUUCUCGAACUGCUCGCUGGUGGUGAUUUGAAGUCAUUUUUGCGUGAAUGUCGGCCAAGAAAUGCUAGUGGAUAUAAUUUAUCUGUAUGUGAUUUGAUAGAGAUGGCACUUGAUGUUGCAAAAGGAUGUAAAUUUCUUGCUGAUAAUAGGUUUAUACAUCGUGAUAUAGCUGCUAGAAACUGUCUGCUAACGAAAAAAGAAAAAGGACGUGUUGUUAAAAUUGCCGAUUUUGGAAUGGCUCGUGAUAUUUAUAGGCAAGAUUAUUAUCGCAAAGGAGGUAAAGCAAUGUUACCCGUAAAAUGGAUGCCGCCAGAAGCUUUUCUAGAUGGAAUUUUCACUGUUAAAACGGAUGUUUGGUCAUUCGGUGUACUUAUGUGGGAAAUAUUUUCGCUAGGAUAUAUGCCUUAUCCAGGAAGAAAUAAUCAAGAAGUGAUGUCAUUAAUUGUAAAUGGCGGAAGGCUGGAACCUCCAAAUGGUGUUCCCGAUCGUUUAUACGACUUAAUGUUAUCAUGUUGGAAUACAGUUGAUAACGAUCGACCAAGAUUUGACGAAAUUAUUGAUAAACUUGAAGCGAUGCUUGGAGAUCCAUUAUUUCAAUCAUUACCAGUGCCAUCAAAUUUAGCUCAUUCCAUAAAUUCAACUAAACAGGAAAGUAGUCUAUCAAUUCCCGAAUUAUCUUGUAAUCUUGAAAAUCAAUCGCAAACUACUAUAAAUACCAUGCUUAAUUCGUAUACUGAUAACAAUAAUAUGAUGAGUGAUCCUAUGCCGACAAAAGGUGAUGGUGUUAAUUUUAAUGUAUGCAUUCCAUAUCAAUCACAAGGGCCUGAAACAUCACAUCCAGUUAAUUUAAACCGACUCGUGACAAUGGAUCGUGGCGAUACAUCACAUAGUGACGAUUCUGCGAUAACAUUAGCAAACAAUUCACAAGAAUAUUUUAGCAAGUUUAAUUACAUCGCUUGA